AUGGAAGAAAUCAAAACUGAAGAAAAUUUUCAACAAAACCCAUUUUAUUUCAUUAUGGAAUAACUUAGGGGCCCAGGAUCAAGGGAAGUGGAUCCUCAUUUAAAGAAUUAGCAAAUUUUUUCAUAUAUAUUCAAGAUUAAAUAGGUUUGUCUUGAAAUGUCCAAAAAGUUAGGAAAGAUUGCACUAUUGGUGGCAAAAAAUAUCGGUUUAUUAAAAAUGAAAGGACUCCAAACCUUUUUAUUUAGAAGAAAUUAAAAAAAAUAAAAACUCCUAAAUGAUAGUAGAAAACAAUGA